AUGAAAUCUUUCAAGAGAGAAUAUAUAGUGAUAUUGAUGUUUGUAUUGCUAGUAUCAUCAAGCGACGCGUUAGGUCGGAAAAGGGUUACAAUGAGGAUAUCUAACGAGGUAGAAACUACAAACCCUCUUAACCUCCAUUGCAAAUCGGGAGAUAAUGAUUUCGGGGGCAAAGUGUUGAAAUAUAAGCAGUAUUUUGAGUUUAGCUUUAAACCUAAUAUUUUCGGAAAGACUGUAUUUCGUUGCGACUUUGUACUUAAUGACUAUGUUUAUAUGAACAAACUUGAGAGCUUGAAUCAAACUAACAUAGAUGUUUACGGGGGUCGCAGUGAUGGUCUCAAAUGUCGUGCAUGUUUUUGGGCGUUUCGAGAGAAGGGUCUUUGUUUGGGGCCAAAUUCCACCGGUCCAUUUUAUGAUUGUCGUGUUAUCUGGUAUUACUAAAACAAGAAGAUGCUGGCUUUGGUGAAUUUCAGUUAGAGCAUUUUUAAAGAUACUCUUUAAUGAUUAUCAAAAAAAUACAAUUAAUAAUUAUCAAAAUUAAUAAUUUAUAACCAUUUGUAUAGUUAAAAACUCAACAAAUGAGUUUUUCAAGUAUUUCAUUUCAUGUACUGUAUUUUUCAA